CAAGAAGAGAAGAGCGAGUGACAAAAUUGUGUUCAAAAUCUACGAACUGGCGUCCAGUGAACUAAUAUUUUGUUAAAAGAUGGACAUCGGUUUAAAGAUAGAGUGACAAUAUUAAUCUGAGCCAAAGAGCAGACUUAUGAACAUGUUUGUUAAGUGGAGAAAAUGAUUAUGACAAUUUAUUGUCUUGCAUCUCAUCAGCAUGUGAAAUGUGCAUUUUCAAGUACCAGUCUAAAAAGACUUAAAGCGACAUAGUAUUUUGGUAAAAUUGUAUUUUUUUGACAAUGACUGCUCCAGUUUACAAACCAGGUGACAAAAUAUUUGCGAAAAUGAAAGGCUAUCCACAUUGGCCUGCCAGGAUUGAUGAGCCCCCUGAUCCAACAGUGAAGACGCCCAAAGGAAAAUAUCCUAUUUUUUUUUACGGAACCCAUGAGACUGCUUUCCUCGCACCAAAAGACAUUUAUCCGUAUGAGAAGUUCAAGGAUAAAUACCACAAACCACAGAAGAGAUUGGGAUUCAACGAAGGGCUGGACGAAAUCAUCAACAAUCCGGACGUGAAGUAUAAACCCCCAGUGAGUAGCAAAACGGAACUCAUUUCAAAGACAAGUUCCGAAGACGAUGUAGAAGGAGGAGAAGAGGAGGAGGUGGAAGAUGAAGAGGAAGUGGAAGAAAAGAAGAAACCUGCAAAGAAGGGUAGAACGCCUAAACAGCAGAAACCUGGCAGGAAACGAAAAAUCAGCGGAGAUGAGCCCAAGUCUUCGAAAAAGUCGAAGAAGAAAAAUGAUUCUGAGGAAUCAUCGUCUGGUGCUGACGAAGAUUUCGAUGAGGAAUCUGACGUCCCAUCCGACAACUCAGCAGAUGAGGACUUUGAAUUGGGGGAAAAGAAAGCUAAAGGAAGAAAACGACAGUCGAAAAAGAAGUCGAAAGGGAGUGACGAUGAAUCUGAGAAUGAGACGGUGAAGCCAAAAAGACAGAAGAAGAAGAAAGGUUCGGGCAGUGAAGAAAGUAGCAACGAGGAGGAAAGUGGGGACGAGAAAAAGAGACGGAAAUCGAAGCCGAAGAAUUCCGCCCCAAAACAGCCACGGAAAAGAGGAAGACCAUCAACUGGCGGUAAGAAAGCCCCGCCAAAGAGAGCCGUAAGCAUGGACAGUAUGAGUUCCGACAGCGACAGUGACUCCGAUGGGGAUGGUGUUAGUGCGUGGAAGAGAAAAGAUGCGCAAAAGAAGAUAGAGAUUGAACAAAAGUUGAAGGAAGCACAAGAAAGAAAGCAUAAGGAAGAGGAGGAGAGGAUAGAGAAGGCGAUGGAGGAAUUAAGGAAAGAGAAGGAGGAGCAAGAGGAGGAUGACGACAAGAGAGACGAAGGAAAGAGACAUCGGAAGAAAAAGAAGUUCGAAGAUUUUGUCGAUGUUGAAGAAGAAAAGGCCAAAAAAAAAAAACGACGUGAAAGUAUAGACAAAACAAAACCAAAACCGAAAUCGCCUGAAAAAGAUUCUGAUAAAGACAAAAAAGAAACGAAAACGAAAACCGACAAAGACUCAUCAAAACAUAAACAAGAUGGUGAAAAACCUAGCAAAGAUGAGAGCAAAUCUGGUGACAAAAGUGAAAAGAAAGAAAAAUCUAAACACAACACAGACGAAUCGAAAGCAAAGACGGAAAGAAAGAAGAGAAAAGUUUUAAGUAGUGAUGAAUCAGAGGGUGAAAAGACAGGAGGAAAUGAAAACAAGGACGAAAGUGAUGAUAAAACUGUGAAUGAGAACGACAAGAUUGUGGCUGGUGAAGUGGAAGACGGUAAGAUUGUUGCCAACAGAAAGAAAGUGUCCGUCUUACACGACAGUGAUUUCGAUGAUGAGGCUUCCGAUGGGGAAAACAGUCCAAGUCAGGAGGAAAAACACACCGGCGAAGAAAAUAUGGAAAUAUCUUCUCCAAAAUGUACAGAUUUAACCAAACAGAAUGAAGAAAAAGCUAAGCAUGAGUCAAAAACGAAAGAUGAUGAAUCUAAAAAGACUAAACAGGAGAAGAAACCAGGUGGUGAUCAUGAAGAGAAUAAGAGAAAACUUGAUAAAGACAGACGCCAGCAGGAAAAAGAAGAAGCAAAAGAAAGGAAGAAGAAAGAAAAGUACGAACAGAAGAAGAAAGAAAAAAUCCACUUUGUACAAACAGAAACCAUCCUGUUACAAAUGGACGUGGAAAUAAAGAAGUCAUUGAUUAUUGAUAAAACUGAUGUUGAUAAAUGUGUGGCGAUCAUGCAGGAUUUGGAAGCAUUACCAGUCAACAAAGUGAUGCUGCAGAAGAAUCCGGACAUCAUGAACACCAUGAAGAAAUGUCGGAAGUAUAAAGCGAGUGACCGGAUCCGACAGAAGGCGGAGGUGAUCUACAACAAGUUUAAAGCUCUCUUCUUGAUGGGCGAUGCCGAUACACUCCAACAGGUUGGAGAAAUCAGGAAGAAAGAGAGAAAAGAAAACAAGGAGAAUGUCGACAAACAGAUCACUGAAGGUGGCUCCACACCAAACGACAUGAAACAGAACGACAUUGUUGACGGGAACAAGGAUGUUAAUUUGUCGUUGAACAUUUCUGCGUUCGACUCACCGUUACCAAAAGACUCGUCAAUUAAAGACGAAAAGGAAAGACCGUCUUGGUCAAUGAGUAAUACGAAUAGUGUAAUUCCAGGAUUAAGUUUAAUUAAUCCAGAGGAACGGACGGAACAAACUAAACCCCCAGUCGAAAAUGUCAUAUCGGAAAACAGCGUCGACAAAUCUGUCAAAAACAAUACGCCACUGCCAAGUGGUGUGCUAAAUAUAUCGGAAAAUUCCACGACUGUCAGUUCAUUACAUACAGACGCGACUGUGUCCGACAGUCCUGUGGUGCAUUCUGGGAACGGUGCCGUGGAAAAUUCUACAAAAGACGAGGUUGAGCAUCCAGAAAAGACUAUAGCAAAGCAUUCUGGGAUUGUUAAAACGGGACUGCUGGAUCUUCCGCUACCGGACGUUGCAUCGGAUAACAGCAAUUUAACGCCAGUCAAUCUGAACUCCCCGAUAUCGAAUCACGACGUCGAUUCUAGUCCCAACGUGAACAAUUCCCCUCUCUUAAAGACGAGUGUCGAUUCGAUGGAGGAGGGAAGGGGAGCUCACCCCCCGGGACCAUUAUCGACAAAUCUGUUCAAUAAUCCAACACAGUCUCUUCUUAACAAGUCCGUGCCAAUAUCACAGGAACUGAAGCGGUUGGCACCGAUGACGAGUUUCCAAGACGACGAUGAUGAGGAAGAAAUGAGCGAGAGACGCGACUUGAACGCCCGAAUAGAGGAAAUCAUCAAGGGAACUGCCGAGUCGUUCGCCCACGAGGCAGCCAGGCGUGAAGCGGCUGUGAAAGAAAUCGUAGGAGAACCAGCGACCCCACCCGCUGAACCAGAGACGAUCGCGGACAGCGACGACAGUGACGCGGUCAUGGAUGAUGACGAACUUCAUAACUUACUGGGUGUUUAGAAACAUGUGUCGAAAUGAUGACAACAUCCUCUGUGGUUGUAAUGUAUAAAUCCAAGUCUGCAGCUGGGCUCAAAAUAGUGUUGGACAUUUUGGCGAGUUUAAAUUGUAUGGCUGAAUUGAGUGGGUUUUAUUUGAUAAAGCUAGGGAUCGGCCUGUGCAUUGCCAAGUGGGUCAAUUCUGUGAAAGUUGUUUUGGCACAGUUUGAAAACAGAAGAAGAAAAUCCCAGUAUUUAUGUUCCAAACAUUUAUAUCAACAGACCUCGCCUUCAAAUAAAAUUGAGGAGAGUGAUUAAUUUCUCUCUUAUGGGAUGCCUUUUAAGAUAUUACCAUAUUAAUCAUUUACAUUUAAUCCUUUGGUAAACCUUUUUUUUCGAUUCGCAUUCCAAAUAGAGCUAAAAAAAAAAAAAAAAUCAUACUGUGUCAACCAACUGCAAUACGUUUUAUUCAGCAGCAGAAAAGAGCCAUCAAUUUUACGGUAAUUCAUAUCACGGCUACGUCAGUUACCAUCGGUGUCAUAAUGGAUGGUGUAUCAAACGCUGUGGUAUGUGCCGCGUGUGAGAAAGUGCAUAUAUAAAAUCCCUUGCUGCUAAUGGAAACAUGUAGCAUGUUUGCUCUAGUGGUGUCGGAACAAAAUAAAAUCUAGUUUGCUGAUUGCAAAAAAAUCAGGGAUUAUGAUUUUUUUUUUAUUAUUCUUAUUUUAUUCAUUUAUUUUUCAUUUUUGCUUCAAAAAAUUUCAGGGUCGCUACAUAAAAUUAGGGAAGGUUGGGAAACUGGAAACACAAUUUUUUUUUUUUUUUUAGGCCAAAUAUCGAAUUCCUGUUCCAUUAAGACACACUGAACAACUUUAUUCUAAAUUGGCGCUGUUGUGGAUAUAUGAUUUUUGUUUCAUUCACAGACCUGACCACUCGCCCUUGAGGUCAUGAAAGAUCAUAACCAUAUCAUUGACUGGAUGUUUGCAGUGAAAGGAGGAAGGGGUGGGGGUAGGGGGGGGUUCAUUUUGAUGAGAGGUGAGGAUAAGUAUUAAAAAAAGAAGCAAAUACUUUUGUUCAAUAAUGAAUAUUUACUAAUACGAUCUGCGUUAACAGAAAAAUGGCUCUUCUGGAAAACAGUUACAAGAUAUUUUUGAACUUCCAUAGUAUGAAGAACGUAAGAUAUUUUUUAACUAGUAUGAAGAACAUAAGAUAUUUUUUAAACUUUAAAAGAUUUUGAAGAACAGUUGACUUCAAUGGCCAAACUCUUUGACUGAAGCUGAAAGUCACAAUUGUAGUGUGCGUUAGAAUGGAAGGUAUCGUGGUUUUCAAGUGUACAGUAAUUACAAAUAAAAUAUUUAGACUGGAAAUAAUGAUGCUAUCUUUUUGUAAAUAUAUGUGUGUAUGGCAUCGUAAGUCGAUCUCAUUUUAAUUUUUUUUUUUUUUUUUUUAAUUAUUAUUAUUAUUAUUUUAAUUUUCGGUAAGACACGAGUAAUAUUUCUACAACCUGUAAAGAUUCCAUUAUUUCCUUGUGAAAUAUUUAGCAAAAUGUUCAUCAAGAGCUUUAAAUUACAUUACGAUGUUCACAUCUUUACCACACGUUCACAGAUAAACCUACAAACUGUAAAGGUGAUGAUUUGUUGUGAAAUAUUUUGUAAAAUCUCAUAGAUUUGAUGCUUCCAGAGUGGUCGCUUAUUAAUGUACAGUUUGAAUUCUGUUGUGAAAUGGUGAUAAACAGCCUGGUCUAAAGUGUGUGUUAAAUCCAUACAGUGCAUAAACCACCAAAAACAUCAACUAGGUAUAGAUGGUUGGUUAGUUCUUGUGUGUUCAAGCACUCUGCCCUGGGCACAUACCUCAGCUGUCUGUCCAAAGUGUGUGUUAAAUCCAUACAGUGCAUAAACCACCAAAAACAUCAACUAGGCAUAGAUGGUUGGUUAGUUCUUGUGUGUUCAAGCACGCUGCCCUGGGCACAUACCUCAGCUGUCUGUCUAAAGUGUGUGUUAAAUCCAUGCAGUGCACCUUCCCGUUGGAUCUGCUCCUGAACUGGCCACUGUGAAUCUUGGGAGUCGUUGGGUAAUUACUAAUGCUCUGGAGUUUUCAUUUGAGAUCAUUAUGAACUUUAAAAAAAAACACCAACUAUUCCCAGUGAGAAAGAGCUCACUUAAUGCACGGUCAGUCUGGGAUCGAUCCCCAUCAGUGGACCCAUUGAGCUAUUUGUCGCUCCAGCACUACGACUGGUAUAUCGGUGGCCGUGGUAUGUGCUAUCCCUUGCUACUAAUGGGAACAUUAGUGGGUUUCCUUUCUUAAAGUAUGUAAAAACUACUAUUUUACAUCCACUAGCCGAUGAUAAAUAAAUCAGUGUGCUCUAGUGGUGUUGUUAAACAAAACAAACAUCUUUUUUGUGGCCUAGUUUAGUACUGUAUGGUCUGAAUUCUAUUGGGAAAGGAAUAAAGCGUUAAGCAUCGCUGGAAGAUGUUACGUAUUCAUAUGUUUUAAAUAUGUGGUCUGUAAGCUAUAUCCUGUUACUGUACAUGUGUGUAAUUAUGUUAGAAAUAUUUACAAACGGUCCAGGGAACAAAAUAAACCUGCAGUUGUUCAGUUAAAAAUAUCUUUGGAAGAUGUUCAGCAAAAUUAAAAUAAACCUUCAGUUGUUUUGUUGAGUUAACAAUAUCUUUGCAAGAUGUCCAGCAAAAUUAAAAUAACAUACAUUUUUUCAUUUUAAUAAUGAUUAAAAGUUGCAGUCUCACCCACCCAUGUAAAAAAGUAAUUGACUAAUGCAAAAUACAAACACAACAAUAGUUUUAAUAAACUCGAAACCACACCUCACAAUUGUAUACAGUGGCGUAGGAAGGUGCCAAAAUGUAUGGGGUGGCACACGCACACAUAUAUAAAUAUAUAUAAACCAUUGCCACUACUACUGCCGUCCCACCCCCACCCCCACCCCCACCCGUUUCCUUCGCCUAUGGUUGAAUAUUUACUAAAGCAAAAUGCAAACACAAUUAUGAUUUUAAUAAACUAGGCCUUGGUAUCCAUAAGACCCAUGGUGGCUCGUUGAUUAUUAACUUGGAUGUUUGACCUGACGUAGUAGUUUUGAAUAAUGUACGGUAAAUUAUGAUCUUUGCAAUGGGUAUAAAUGUUUAUGGUAUAAACAAAAUCUAUAGAAACACCGAUAUUGACAGCUUUACAUUUGCAUUGAUGUAUAUAGAGUGAAAUAGCAUUUGUAUUGAACAAUACACACCAUGUCUUCAGCAGAUUCAUUUGAAAGUAAUAAACAAUAUUUUAAUAUGAA